AUGGUUAAGUGGCUUCAAGAAGCAGCCUACCAGCUUUCGGGUAGCAAUAACGAGUACCGGCCGUGUACGUUGUACAAGAUUUUCCUAGAUCGCGACGACAAGAAGAUCCCAGGUGUGGUUCUAUUCAAAGCAGGUGAGCAUUAUCCGCUCAUGGCCGUCGGAGUGGGCUUUGCGGAACCUCUGGACAAGUUGUUUUACGACGCUGAGAGGAUCAUGAAAGGAUCCUGGGGUCGAACUGCUCUCGUCAUUAUCGUAAAGGUGUCGGGGAGUAAACAACAUACGAAGGACGAGUCACCCUGGGGUCUAGCAUCAGACCACGCAACUCUUCACAAACUAUACUUAGACAAUAAACUGGACUUGAAGAUCGAAGCUUACUACGACAAGAAAGGCCUCAAUAUUAUUAGUGACUUAGAGGCAAAGUACAAUUGCAAAUCCGUCGAAGCCACCUCCGAUAAGUCACCAGCUAUCACAAUUAAUGGGAGGUCGUUUGAUCUGCCCAUCAAAGACCUUCAUGAGGCGCUCCGAAAGGGAAAAGCAGACGAGAAGACUAGGCGCAUUUAUCGUAUGAUCCAGAGGAUAGGAGCUAUGGCUAAAGAGUCUUAGGCGUCUGGAUUGGAUUCUUCUCCUCAUCUUAUUCACAUCAUUUUUCUUUCCCACGUGUUGGCCGCAUGUUCUGCACUAUUGAAAGUUCGGAUGCUACGACCAUGGUUCGGGAACUAUGAUUGUCUACGACUCGACAACCGUUUAUGACUGUCUCUAUUUUGCUUUUUCAUUAAUAAAAAACACGUGUGACGUGUGAUUUUUACGUUGCUAUUGUCUUCACUCCUGCCCAGGAAGUUCACUCCAAGCCCUUCAAUAGACGCUUGUGCUUCUAUCUAUUGUUGACCUGGUGUACUUAUGGGGGAUAGGAAUGUACUUUGCUUACUGG